CCCUUUGGUCAUGCUUUCCAUCUUUUCAAUCUCUGCUCUUCCUCACUCUCUCGAUAUCUCUCAACAGCAACAAUUGCUCUUGCAAUUCAAAGCGGGUAUUACCAACAACAUCUCUUCACUGUCAGAUUGGCCCCCCCGUCUCCCCCUCUGUAAUUGGUCUGCCGUGACCUGCGAUCCUUCUCUUCAGUCCGUCCUCGCUCUCAACUUAUCCGACAUGAACUUAGACGGCACCAUCUCUCCUCUCCUCGGGAAUCUCUCCUCUCUUCAAUCCCUCGAUCUCUCCAACAAUGCGCUCACUGCUACCAUUCCGCCUCAACUCGGCCAACUUACCCGUCUGAAGAAACUGAGGCUGAGCCACAAUCAAUUAGGAGGAACCAUUCCCCUAGCUCUUUCCACUUGCCGCAGUUUGUAUUACCUAGCGCUCUCCUAUAACCAACUGCAUGGCACCAUUCCCCCUGAGCUCAGUCUCCUCGCAAGAAUGAAGUUCCUCUACCUGGGAGCAAAUAAUCUCACAGGCGUCAUCGCCCCUUUUUUCAAAAAUCUGUCGGAUUUAGUUGAAUUGAAUGUGGGAGAAAAUGAUCUCUACGGCCCCAUUCCUCAUGAAUUGGGAGUCCUUCCUCAACUACGAGCCCUAUCCCUUAGCAGGAAUCAACUGUCAGGUUCCAUUCCCCAUGAAUUAGGCAUCCUCACUCACGUGCAGGUCCUUUACCUUUUUGCAAAUAAUUUAUCAGGCACCGUUCCCAGUAGCUUAGGAAAUCUGUCUGCCUUAACCGAUUUAGAAUUGGAACAAAAUGACCUCACAGGUACCAUUCCGCCUGAAUUGGGCAUGCUCACUCACCUGCACAUUCUUCACCUUUAUGAAAAUAACUUAUCAGGCACCAUUCCCAGCUCUUUCACAAAUCUCUCGAAAUUGACUGAAUUAAUUCUAUCUCGAAACCAGCUUCGUGGACAUAUUCCGUGGGACAUUGGUACUAAGCUCUCUAAUUUGCAAUUUCUCAGUUUAUGGGGAAAUCAGCUUAGUGGAAAAAUACCAAUCUCCCUUGGAAAUUGUUCCAACCUCACAGAUCUUUAUUUAGGUGAAAACCAGCUCAGUGGAAUGGUGUCAAUGGAGCUGGGUAAGUUGAAACUUCUUAUCUGGCUUGACCUACACACCAAUCAACUUGUUAGUGACAGCAGUAACACAUUGUCUUUUCUAACUUCUCUCACAAAUUGCUCUCACUUGCAAGGGAUGGAACUGUCGAAUAAUCAUCUCACUGGUAUAUUGCCCCCAUCCAUAGGCCAACUGUCUGCCAAUCUCAAUUACUUGGGUUUAUCAAACAACAUGAUAAGCGGAAGCAUACCACAACAGAUUGCUAAUCUGACAAACUUAACCUAUUUAAGGUUAAGCAAUAAUCUUUUCAGUGGCAAUCUUUCAUCUGCAUUUAGAAAAUUCCAGAAGUUGGAAAGAUUGAAUUUGGGUGGGAACAAAUUAGAAGGAAGCAUUCCAAGUGAGAUAGGUCAAAUGCAACAUCUAGGACUCUUAAAUCUUAGUCACAACCAGCUAUCUGGAAAAAUACCAGAUUCUCUUUGUAGCCCACAACAGCUAAGACGUCUCUUACUCCAACACAACAAAUUGUCAGGGGAGAUCCCUGUUAGUUUAGUUGGAUGUCAGAAGUUGGAGCUCAUUGACUUAUCUUACAAUAAAUUAAGGGGAAGGAUACCUCCUGAUGUCAUUGCCAGCCUUAAAAAUCUAGCAUUCUACCUCAACCUUUCAUGGAAUUCUCUUGAAGGGUCCUUGCCACUGGAGAUGAGUAAACUUUCAAUGGCUCAGUCCAUCGACAUAACUGGAAAUGGACUUACUGGGGUGAUUCCGAAUUCUCUAGGAGACUGCACAGAAUUAGAGCAUCUAAAUCUGUCCCACAAUGCCUUUGAAGGUCUAAUUCCAGAUGCACUCUCGAAAUUACGAAAUCUGAAAGAAAUGGAUCUUUCUAGCAAUUUUUUAUCAGGUUCAAUACCAAUGUCCCUUGAAAGGCUGAAAGCACUUCGGUUCAUGAAUGUUUCUUUCAAUAAUUUGUCAGGGCAGAUUCCAGAAGGAGGGUUGUUUCCAAAUAGAACUGUUAUAAUAUUGUUAAUGGGAAACCCUGCCCUAUGUGGCCCAAAAAAAUAUUCAUUACCUCCAUGCCCAAAGCAGACUCAAGCAAACCAUUCAGUGCUUAAAAAAAUUGUCUUAACAGUUGUUGGAACCAUUGCAUUUAUCCUGUGCUUCUUCAUCUUAGGAACUCUAUGGAGACACAAAUUUUCAAGCCAACUAUUCCAUCCCUCAAACUUUAUUUUUCAAAGGCUUAGCUAUCCAAAAUUUUCUUAUCAAGAACUCGUCAUUGCAACAGCCGAAUUUGAUGAGUCAAACUUGCUUGGAGUGGGUAACUUUGGAUCAGUCUACAAAGGCAUUCUGAGGGAUGGUAAGAUAGUUGCAAUCAAGGCUCUUAAUUUGCAGAAUGAAGAAGCUCAUAAGAGCUUUAACACAAUGUAAAGUAUUAGGGAUGAUUCGGCACCGUAACCUGAUCAAAAUCACAAGUGCAUUUUCCUACCCUGGCUUCAAAGGUUUAGUUCUUCAAUUUGCAUCUAAUGGGAGCUUGGAGAAACAUUUACAUCCUGACAGAGAUGAUCAGGAAAUUUGUAAUCUGGGAUUGAACGACUGUUUGAGCAAUUGCUGUGGAUGUUGCCCAUGGCAUGGAAUAUUUACAUCAUGAUUGUCCUUUGCAAAUUGUGCACUGUGAUUUAAAACCUAGCAAUGUGCUCCUGGACGCUAACAUGACAGCCCUUGUGACUGAUUUCGGUAUAUGCCGUUUGACUGCUCCAAAUUCCAUUGAUUCACUGAGUGCAACAACGUUUACACUCAAAGGAUCUAUUGGCUAUAUUGCUCCGGAGUACGGUUUGUGGGGGAAUGUUUCCACAAAGGGAGAUGUUUACAGUUAUGGAAUUCUGAUACUAGAGAUGGUUACAAGGAAGAGGCCAAGUGAUGACAUGUUUGUGGGAGACCUGAACUUGCAUAAGUGGGUAAGGUCAGCUUUUCCAGACAGACUGGCAGAUAUUGUUGAUAGCGGGCUAUUGAGAGAUGUGAAUGAAAACAUGGAAGACAAUAGAUGUCUUCUUUCUUUCGUUCAUGUUGGUUUGCUUUGUAGCAGUGAAUCAGCAAGAGAACGACCUUCAAUGAGAGAUGUAGCCAGGUUCUUGGCGAGUCUCAAGACAUCUUUCAUGGGAGGUGCAGUUGCUUCAAAUUUAAUAGCCACCAUAUCAGACCUCCUGCGCAAUACCAAUCGCGCAGAAACAUUGCCAUCUGACAGUCAAAGUUCUACAUAUUAGAUAUUUAUAAGUUCUAUAUGUAAGUUUUUGUUAUUUAUGUUUGCUAGUUUCAGGUUUGUUUCUUUUAAUGUAUAAUCCUCUUUGGGAUAAAUUCUAGUUCUUUAGAGUCUGUAAGGUGUUC